AUGGUCUACGGAUUCGCCGUCGGAGUCAGGCAAAAAUCGUUCGAUCUCUAUUCGCCAGAAGAGCGGGGAAUUGUGUUCGGCGCGAACAACAUCAACGCGGAACUCGGAAAAUGGUACCAAAAAUCGAUCAACGUUAGAAAAAGAGUUGCUGCAUGAUAACAAGUGAUCUGAACUUGUUUUAGACGUUUGUGCCGAUGGAUACUCCACACAAAGAGGUACUGAUCACGGUCGACGAAGGAGACGGAUCAUUGAUCAUCUACACGAUGGUUCUGAAACCGGAUCUGUCCGAAUUCGACGCGAGAGUUCAGCAGAAACACGCCGGCUCCGUUUGGGCUCCGUACCUCGGAUGGAUUGCGGAUCACGACAAGAUCUGUGAGAACUUUGCGAUCGAACGCAUGUUCGCGGUGAGUCGAUAUUGAUUUUAAGCGAAAAACUUCAAAAAAACCAAGAAUUAGGUCAACGUGAAGUUCCUGCUCGGCUCGUCAGUUCCGCACUUUAAAGUUGUUGGGAUCCUCGCGUUCGCCACUGAAUGUUUCUUUAUAAAUGAGGAGGAAGUGGCGAAGAAAUGGGAACAUGAAUGCAAACGAAUCCGAACGGAGGGACCGUUAAUCGGAAGACCCACUUCUUCGGUAAGUGUUAAGAUGCCGACUGAUCCACGAAUUCAUGAUUGCAGAUCCAAAAUGUGUACUGGCCCAUCCGAAAAACGGUGACCGCUUUGAUGAUUGGCACGGUGGCAGUCCGCGGAAAUGUGUUUUCCAAAUACAUGUACACGCACCAGUUGGGGAUUCUCCGAGAAGUUUACGGCUAUCAACCGGAAGCAACCGUGGUAGACCUAUUAUCGAAUCGAUUUUCGAUAUGCACAUUCGAAUUCAGAUCGGCAAAUGGUACGAAGUCUCCACAAAAUGGUACCGGAUUGUGGAAACGAAGCAGAAAAGAGCCAACUUUUACACGCUUCGUGCAACUAAACCCAAACUCAUUCAUGAACUACUGCCGACGAGAGUCGUUAAUGGACAACUGGAGGUGUGCACACUCUCUUGGUAUAUUGUUGGCUUCUCAAUUUUGCAGAUCACCCUGAAGUUCCAGUUGGAGCGAGGACUGUUCGAGCCUUGCUCCAACUCGAAGAUUGCCGAUUGGUCAGUGCGUUCCGGCCAGGUUUACAAGAAUAUUGUGCUUGAAAACGAGCACUUGAACCUGAUUUCUGUGCCCACCCCUGUCGCAGUUCACAUUCUUCAGGUAUUUUACACUUUCCUCGAGUCGGCUUAUGUCAUUGUUUUCCAGAAAAUUCAAAAAAUGUUUGAAACCGAAGAAAAUAUCGAAAUAAAAGUGGGCGUAAUGCUCAAGACAGAUUACCUUCGACGAUAUCAAGGAAGAGAGAAAGAGGCGAUAUUUGAGGUGCGAAAAGUGAAAAGUAUCAGUCAGAAGAGGAAGGGAGAGGCUGGGAAAAUGGUGUGGAACUCGGACACUUUUCUGGCCGAUGUGAUGAAGCCGUUUCUGGGGAAUUUCGAUGAGAAAAUAAGGAAGAAAUACGAGGAUUUCGUGUGGAGUCCGACCAUCGGAUGGCUGCAGAAUGAUCUUCAAUUGGAAGCAUUCCACUCACCACAGACUGUAAGAUCUUUGUGAUGCUGAAAACGAUGAAUCUUUCAUUCAUUCCAGAUGGUUGUGAAACAAUUACCGGAUGCUAAGCAAUCAUACAAAAUGUGCAGGCCUCUGAGCACCGAUCCCAGCGCCCCAUUGCUCAUGAGCUCCGUGUCUUUCGGCACUGAAUGGAUGAAGGCGAAACUGGCGCUUGGGAUGGAAGAAAUGAUGGUGAAACAUUCGACGUGCAUGUUUCUUGAGGUUCGUUUGGUGUGGCGUACCACCGAAAUCGAGCGCCAUUCUUCAGUUGCAUCAAAAACCGAACGCCGUGUACCAUCACGGACGUUUCGAAGGCAUUUGCAUCAAACGCAUCGACACGCCGUUCUACUUCUAUUCCCCUCAACUCGGACUCAUUGUUCUGGACGAAGAGGAACGGCAGACACGAAACAUUGCCCAUCCGAUAGUGUGUUGUGACGACGGACACGAUGAAACACUGAAAACGUUUGCAGAUCGGUGCCUGGUAUGACAUAACUGUGAAGGAUCGUCGCGACGGAAAGUACGAGUCGAACGAGUGGUUCCGAGCGAUUCACGAGCAGAGGUGCGAAGGAUUUCCCAACGCACAUCUCCCGGGAAACGGGAUUCAGGUACUUUGAAUGGAAGUGUAUCUAGAAAAUGCGAUUUCAGCUCAACCUGACGAUUGAGAUCGACGAGCGAUGCUGGAAAGAACUGAAAGAGAAGAGUUUGAUGUACUCUCCUCUUGUCAAUUUGGUGCAAGUUGAUCGUGAAAAUGUGAUGAAACUGAUCAGUGUAUACACUUUUUACUCACUCGAAAACGUAUUGUUGUCCAUAUAACUUUCAGGCGCUCGACAUGAAGUACGGUAGGAGAGAAAGAGCACUGGAGGCGGUUCGGAAGGACCAUUUGUUAGUGUCUGUUGUGGUGGAACUACGGAUCGACUUCGUGGAGGCAUUCCACGAGAAUUGCUAUGCUCCGUUGUUCGAAGUCGUCAAACUGAAAUCGGAUCUGAAGCACAAGACAAGCGGAAGAAUGGUUCCAUUCGAAUAUAUCGACCUUGAUAAUGUUAACACUUAA